GGUAUAUGACGUCACGGCCGGGAUCGCCAUAUUUAGGAUUGGCGAAGUGACUAACUUACAAAGUACCCGAACGAAAGGAUUUAUAAUCAACACAGGAGCAAACAAUUGAACACGACUACAUUUGGAUACGUUAAUUCCCUGUGGUAUUUCACCAUGAAGUUUGCUGCUUUGGCCCUCCUGGCCACCCUACCCUUCGUACUGUCAGUGUCGCCCAACCCACAAGUACCCGCCACCCCCGGUGCCCUGAGCAAGGGCACCCUGACUGUAGACAAAGCUAACCCGUGUAUCGAGGCAGAGACGUGUGGUAUGUGUAUGGAGAAAGGAAAGGACUGUGCAUUCUGUACGGCCACAUUUUAUGACAAGGAGAAUCUGCCGCGCUGUGACCUGAAAUCUAAUCACGUCAAGAGGAAAUGUCAAGGCGACGAUUUGUACGGUCCCGACAGUGACCUCACACCCGUCAGGAAUGAUGGCGUGAAAAAUGGAGGCGAAAACAUUGACCUUGAACCUGCCAUUCAGAUCCAGCCCCAAGAAAUCCGCCUUACAAUUAGACCUAAUGAUCCCCAGAAGUUUAAGUUGACGUUCCGUCUGGCUGAAGACUACCCUGUAGACCUGUACUAUCUCAUGGACCUGUCACAUUCCAUGAAGGACGACAAAGAGCGACUGGCUUUACUCGGCACAGACAUUGCGGCAAAGAUGAAGGGCAUCACCAAGAACUUCCAGCUGGGCUUCGGGUCGUUUGUAGAUAAAGUUGUGAUGCCAUAUGUUAGCACAGCUCCGUCGAAGGAACCUGGUUCGAUAAAACCGACAUUGAACAGCCCUUGUCCUGGAUGUGAUCCCCCAUAUGGCUUCAAAAAUCAGCUCAAACUUGACAAGGACACUACCAGAUUUGCAACAGAGGUACGAGCUGCCAAGGUGUCUGGUAACCUGGACGCUCCUGAGGGAGGAUUUGACGCCAUCAUGCAGAGCCUUGUGUGUGAAGAAGACAUUGGUUGGAGAGCCUCGUCUCGUAGGAUGCUUCUAUUUUCUACGGACGCAAGUUUUCAUUUUGCUGGUGACGGAAAGCUCGGAGGCAUCGUGAAACCAAACGACGGCAAUUGUUACAUGAGUGCAAAUGAAUACACAAAGAGCACAGAGCAGGAUUAUCCCUCGGUGAGUCAGAUAGCUGCUAACAUCAAAGACAAGAACACAAACAUCAUCUUUGCUGUGACGAAGGACCAGUUCCCCACCUACAAACAGCUAGAGAAGUUUAUAGCUGGCUCUGUGACAGGAGAGCUCGCCAACGACUCGUCCAAUAUAGUAACACUUGUACAGCAGAACUACGACAAAAUUACUUCCAAACUGGAACUUACAACAGAGAAUGCUGAGGGUCUUGAUGUCAAAUUCUUCACUAAGUGCACAGGAAAUGAAACUAUGGAGACAAAUAUUUGCCAGAACCUAGUGAUAGGAGAUGAAUCUACGGUGACGUUUGAUGUCAUUAUUGAGGCGACCUCCUGUCCUGCCGACGAGACCAAGUUCUCCAAGACGUUUUCUAUCAAACCUGUUGGUCUUCCUGACAAGCUUGAAGUCCACGUGGAUCUUAUCUGUCAGUGUGACUGUGAGAAACCCGAGUUUGCUGACAAGAAUCAGAACAGCGAUAAGUGUAGUGGGAAGGGCACACACAUGUGUGGUAUGUGUGUAUGUAACCAAGGAUUCUACGGCCGUACCUGUAACUGUGAUGCUGGUAACGCUACGUCUGAAGAGAUCCAGUCACAGUGUAUGAAAAACAACACGAACCUUGUGUGCAGUAAUCGUGGCGAGUGUGUGUGUGGUAAGUGUGAGUGUUCGGCCCGUAGUCAGAACUCGGCCCAGAAGUACAGCGGUGAACAUUGUGAGUGUGACGACUACUCCUGCCCCUACUCCGGAGGAAACCUUUGUGGAGGCUCUGACAAGGGCACAUGUAAAUGCGGUAACUGUGGGUGUAAUGAAGACUGGUCAGGUCCCGACUGUUCUUGCUCGAAAGCCAACGACUCGUGUAUAACUACCAACGGAGACACAUCCAGUAUAUGUAAUGGUCAAGGAACGUGUCAGUGCAACAAGUGUGUUUGUGAUCCAACGUCGGCCUUCAGGGGACCCAAGUGUUUGGACUGUAAGACGUGUCAGGAGGUUUGUCAGAAGAACAAGGCUUGUGUUCAGUGUGUCGUCCACGAGACAGGACUCAAGAGUCAGACCGAAUGUGACAGAGAUUGUCGCAAACCUGGCUUCAUCACCAAAGUCCCCGAACUUGAUGGUGAAAAGAACAGCUGUGAGUUUAAGGAUGAAGACGACUGCAUCUUCUUUUUCUCUUACGACUACGGACCAAACAACGAGCUCAAGAUCAAAGCACAGGAAACAAAAGAAUGCCCUAAACAGGUGAAUGUGUUGGCCAUCGUGUUGGGAGUAAUCGGAGGAAUCGUGGCCGUGGGUCUGGCUAUCUUGCUUGUAUGGAAACUUGUUACCACAAUCAGUGACAAGAGGGAACUUGCAAGAUUUGAGAAAGAGACGCAGGACGCCAAAUGGGACACUGGUGAGAACCCCAUCUACAGACAGGCCACUUCCACAUUCAAGAACCCAACCUAUGCAGGAAAGUAGAGCCAGUGUCUACCUGAUUCAGAUAGUUCUACAAAUUUCCAAGAUAUUAACUGUCAAUUCCAUACAAUUCAUACCACAAGAAGUAGCAAGAGAACAAGACAAGAAUGAGUAUGGAAGGGAGAUAAUCGGAGUAUAAACGGGAGAGAACAAACAUGAGUGUGUAAGGGAGAUAAUAUGGUAAGAUGAGUAUAAAAGGGAGGUAAUAACAUUGAGUAUGUAAGGGAGGUAAUAGGACACGCCGAGCGUGUGAGGGAGAUAACUAGAUCUUCUAGCGGGAGGGAGAAAAGCAAUUGUCACAAGAAACAAUUCCCAUAUAAAGUUGUUUUCACCAAAAUGUGAAUACCUGUUUUUUUGGGGUAAAGUAAAAAAAAAGGUUACAUGACAUGUAGAAAGGUUGUUCACAAAUCUUAUAUUGGAAUCUUUUAUGCAAUUAGCAUUUGAAUUAAGCCAUUUUAUUCAAUGUUUUUUUAUGUUUUUCUUUUUUAUAUCAAGUCAGUGACAAUGAUAGAGAGAUGAAGAUAUAAACAUUUUUUAUUGGGGAAAUGUGUGUUUUGAGAUUUUGUUUUCGUGUUGUAACAAUUAAAAACGGUUGAAAAGUCGAGUAACUUAGAUAAAGAAAUGAUGUUUUUUCUUUUGUCUUUAUGUUUGCCCUUUAAUUGAUGUACAUCUGAUCUAUUAUUUAUCCAACUCUAAACCAAGCCACAGGCCUUUUAAUGUCAAAGGUUGAUUAAAAUAGGUAGUUAAAUAGAUGUAGUGUUUAGUAAAUAAAUCAUAAGCUAGAGUUUAGGGUAAAUAAUUAAAACAUUUAGUAGGUCAGUUAUCAAGGUUAAAGUAGGUAGAAUUGUAGCAUUUAGUUACUAAAGCAAUAGUUAGGUCAAGGUUAAGUUAGGUAAAUAGUAAUAAGAUAGUUAGGUCAAGGUCAAGUUAGAUCAAUAGUAAUAAGAUAGUUAGGUCAAGGUUAAGUUAGAUAAAUAGUUAUAAGAUUAGUUAGGUCAAGGUCAAGUUAGAUCAAUAGUAUAAGUGAGUUCAAGGUUAACUUUAUUACUAAGUAAAACUUCAGCUAGUUCUAUGUAAGACAAGGGGUACACUACUGGAAUUAUUUCCAAAAUCCCAAUUAGGGCUUACACAGAGUUGAGAACUUCAUAUGAGCUGAUGUAAGGACAGUGGUUCGCUAAGUUUUUUGCUUAUCACUGGAAAGAAUAGAAGCCUAGAAUUAGCUAGUCAAGAAAUGCUUGGGCGUGCUAUUGAAUAGCAUCAGUAGAUAAAUAUUUAUAGGGCGAAAUCCAUGCAAAGGAAAAUAAUUCAUAAAACAAGCUUUGUUUUAUUUAUCUUUAAUAAUAUCAACAUUUUCUGUCACCUAUUUUUAAAACCUGCUGAUAGAUGUUGCUCAUUGCUGGACAGUGCAUCGUUUUACACGUCUGUAAUCACGGAUUUUAUGCAAUGAUUUUUAAGAUUGUUUGCUGUAAACAGGAAGUGCCAUUAUGUGUAAUAUAGAUGUGUACAGAUUGUUGUAAAUUUAAUGGAGGUCAUCAUUUUUAAAUGCCUCAGCUAGGGAUGAAACCCGGGACCAUUCUCGGGGACAUUGAAAAAUAAUGACCUCUGUUACGUAAAAAUCACCAAUUACCCUACAAACAUUGAUGCUGUCAAGUUGAUAUUUUCUGUUAUGUAUAUAACCAGAAUAUUGAAUUCAGGAGCUGGUUUGCAAUCAAUUUUGUAUUUCAAAUUUACAUUUUCAAUUGACGUUGACUCCGUGAAAAUUGUAUUUUUCACUAGCGUUCUUGCUUGAUGAUUUCGUAAAUGUAUUUUGUCAGAGACCACCAGCCAACUUCAAUAGAAUGGCUGAUAUUGUUGUUGAGUUUAUAUAAGAGGAGUUGAAUGUGCAUUUGGUUGCUUGCAUGACCUGAGUAAAGGAGGGAGCCCCUAUUAAAUUGUAUGUGUCUAGCUGUUCAUUUGAUUUACACAAGGCUCAUUUCCCUCGGGCUUUGCAAGUACCCAGACAAAAACAAUCAAUCGCUAAGUUUGGAUUAAUUCAUACACUAAUUGUGAUUUCAGACCAUUUUUUGAAAAUAAUUUUGAAUUCCUGGUGAAAAUCAUCAAAGUUGAAGACCACUGUACAUAAAAGUUGUGUAAAAAAAUAAAA